GAGGAGUGGCUGUCUGGAGUCUGCGGAUCUACACACCGGUAUGCGCUGUAUGGCGAGUCACAGCUCAGAGGAGCUCAGAGUGAUCGCAGACAGUUUUGAUCACAGACUGAAAACAGAAUAAUCUGCGGGUUCUUGUUUGUUUGUUUCCCGCACACACACAUACACAUUGUGCGUGUUGUGCGGUGCUGCUGCUGCGGAGCUGCGCUUAUUGGAGUCGCGGCUUUACGGAUGGUCGUUUCGGGGCACGGACGGCCAGUUCCAAGUGUCCAGUUCUGCGGUGUGUGGCCGAUGAAGACGGCUGCUCGGUGUGAUGUGUAAUGGCUCCUGCGUUGAGUGCUCUGUGGGGUUCAGGGGUUGCAGGAUCGGAGAUCAGUGGUGAGCUUGCUAUAGUGAGCACACUCACGGCAUUCUGGGCCUUCCUGCUGCUCACUCUGCUGCUGGUACUGUGUGCCGGCUGUCAAGGGCAUAAAAAAGCAACCCAGCUCCCUGGAGACCAUGAGAAUCUGAUGAAUGGGGUGUCAGAGAAGGAAACAUGUAGCCAAACAGCAGAUACAGGCAGUCAUGCCACUGACCUGGUGGCCAGUAGUUCCUUCAAUGGGCCUCUUACAAGUGGUACAGUCCUUACAGACACCGUGGACACGAGCCCACACCCUUCAGAAGAAAUGGUGUCCAUCCAGUCAGAGCAUCGCUCUUCUAAAUGCCACCAGGACCGCGAGUUACCCAGCAUUCCCUGCGCCAACAGUCUGCGGGAUGCGGCUGAAGCCUCUGAAGAGUGCAGAGCUGGGGACAGCACGUACGAGGUGCUGAAGGACGGAGCCUCACAUGAUGCUGUAGAAGACUCUCCCUAUGAGACGGUAAAAGAGUUAAAGGAGGCAUGCCUCACUAACGGCACACUGACCCCUGACGAGCCUCCGACUGCCAAGCCCAACGGGCACCUGAACGCCAGCCCUGGCACGCCCGACCUGUGCCCGCUGGCCGACGGCGCCGAGUACGCCUCCAUCGACCUUAAGAAGAAAAGCCGCUACAGUGUAGAUGCCGAGGCCCAGCGCUCAGCUGUAGAGCAACCCGUAGAGGAGGAGAAUCCACCACCUAUACCUGAUAAAGUGCUGGAUGAGAAUGAUAACCAAAACAUCACUACGCUGCAGAAUGGAGAGUUAUCGGCCCUGUACUCCACUGUAGAUAAGCCAGCGAAGGAAGAGGAGAAUGAACCCGACUACAGCAGUAUCGGCGAGAUUAGGGGCAUAGUGGUGGAGUCGAGCUCCAGCGAGCUGUACGCUACGGUGAGAGACGUGUACCCCUCACCCCCUGCCGAGCAGCCUGCGGAGAACACAGACCAGGGGUACGAGACCAUUAAGAUUGCAAAGAGCGUACCGGACGAGGGCCAGCAGGAUAACGGGCUUUUGGAGUCUGACUACGCAAAUGUUGGAGAGCUGGAGCUAAAUAGUGAGACGUCCCGUCUCUGACUGAGAGUCACACAAUGCUUCAGCGAAUCUGAGUAAUGUAGCAGUGGAUCAGACGGGCUUAGUUUAGCACUUAUUUCCUCAGAAUGACGGCACUCCAGUAAAUGAAAUGAAUAUGGGGUCACUUUUGCUGUUGGUGUAGGGGUUUAGAAAAAACUAUUCAGAUUUGUUGUGGCAUUUAAAUGUAAUGAUGUAUUUCCACAUCACAGUUCCAGCGUCCCUGGUUUGAUCCUGAGCUGGGGUUAAUGUCUGUGUGGAGUUACGUAUACAUGAAGGGUUUCCUCUGGGUUCUCUGGUUUCCUCCAACAUCCCAAAAACGAUGCCGGUUGGUGGAUUGGCAAAGAUAAAUUGCUCCUAGCUGUGAAUGAAUGAGUGAGUGCGUGCCAGUCCAUCUACCUGUGAUCGACUGGCGUCCGAUCCAGUUUAUAUUUCUGCCUAACAACUAGUGUUCCUGGGAUAGGCUCUAGAUCCAUCCACCCUAAUCCUGACCAGGAUAAAGCAGUUACUAAAGAUGAACGAUUCUCUUGCUAUAAAGAAUUCUUAUUAUGUUACUUCUGGUUAGUUUCAUGUGGAUUCGGACAUAGUGCAACAAUCAUUUAAUGGAAUGAAAGGCAGUGUAUGUACAGAAUGGUGGUAUGAUGUGAAUAUUUGGGUGCCAUAAUUUAUUGUCACCGCAGUGCUCUCAUUAUGAUGCUUGACACUUAGAACAGACAACCAGCAACACCGCUAUAGCAAAAUGCAUAUAUUUAAUUACCUCACAGCUUUUGAAUCAGAGAUCAACAUGCAAGAAAUAUGCACAACAUGUAUAGGAAAGAAAAAGAAAAAAAAGACUACUUUCGACAUAUUUGCAGUCAAAACCAAGAGCUUAUAGUAAGAUGAGUUGAUUAUACAGAAAUGCCAGCAUGUAAGAUUUAGCUGUGGCAUUUAUAAUUUUUGACCCCUUGCUACAGAAAAACGAUGCUUUUUAAAAUUUUUUUUUUUUACAUAAAGCAGUGAUCAGACUACAUGACAAUAAAAUUAGCUCAGUGGAAAAGGCAGUUCGCUGAAUGGGAAAGGACGCUGUUCCUGAGACACGUUUGAUUUUUUUUUAACGCAGACUUUAUCUUGAUGAAUGAGGACAGGGCUUUUCUCUCUUUUGUUGGUAAAAGAGUAGUACCGUUCAGCACAGUUAUAAAUAAUACUUACAUAUGUUAGGGUUUUUGUGGUACAAAUGUUUUUUUUGUUUUUUUUGCUUAAUCUAGUUAGCAUCUUGUUAGCAUGUUGGCAUUUCUGGAUCAUGUAGAUAAAAAUCACCUCCUGUGGUACUUACAAUCCUAUUACAUCAAUUCAUAAUGCUAACAAUCAUAGGGGGGGAAAAGCAUAUCUAUUGCUGAUGUAGGAAUUUUCUAAAUUAUUUGUGAAGUGAAGAAUAUUUUCGUGCGUGUCAAAAUGAAUUGUGUUCAUCAAUUAAGUAUUGAUCAGUCAUAUAAAUUGCAUUGCCAUAGCUUAUAGUAGGUACAGAGUCAUAAAUUUGUAAAGCACAAAAGGUACUCACCUUGGCACUACUACCAACAUGUACAAACUUCAAAUACGAAGUGCUUUUCAGGAUGUAUAAAACAGACACUGCAUUAACUUUAUUCAUGACUUAACCUGUUGUACGAUUUUACAUACCACUUCAAUAAUGUGCCUGUCUUCGCUCCUCUCUCAAUGAAGGCUUUAAUUAUGUAUCUCUUUCACAGCACAAGCACAGGAGUCUGUGUGGAUUUUUUUUUUUUUUUUUUUUUUUUUUUUUUUUUUUUUUUUAAGUGCUGUGGAUGUUUAAAAGGAAUUUAAAAGGAAGUUUAUAUAAUGUAAAAGAGGGUCCCACAGCCUAUGGUGUGAUUGUGAAUGGGUCCUGUUUGGUGAAAAUGUUGGUACAUUUUCUUGGUACAAGCUCUGUAUUGUGAAGGUACAUCCAUUAUUUAAUAUCACAAUAUAAUAUAAUAUUAUCAUUUGCAUCCUAGUGAAUUGAGUGCAUUUUAUUUUUUAUUUUUUUUUGUAAAUAUGUAUUACUGCAUUUGUUUUGUAUCAUCAUAAUCUUUUAAAAUGUCAUUUGCCAAUUAAAUAUUGCAGUCAUGCUGGA